GAUUUUUAAGAUGAAUCACAGAACUUCACGUAUAAUCUAUUUGAGAUUUUUGAUCUUUUUUGGUUAACUUUUGUUCAGUCAACACUAGCAAUGGAAACAAGUGAUGAACAUUGUUGAAAUUUGACGCUCGUUUUGUGCGCGCCAUUUGCAUAUCAAUAUCGAAGCUUUGAGCUUUCUGCAAGACUUUUUUUUCUGAUGAAAGCAUUCCUUGUUUGGUGUUUUUCAACUGUUCAUCUCAUUUAUAAGUUAGUUCGCAUAAAUACUGGUUGUUAUUUGUUUGUUUCGACUAUGUUUUGCAUUUUCUUUUCUGAGCAAUUGACGAGCAGUUCAUACCUUAAUGCUUUGGGUUAAACAGGCAGAUUACUCUUAACAACUUUAUUUUACUUUUUUUAUUACAGGUUUCUUUCCAUGAUUAAUCAUGGAUAAUUAUAUGGAAUUGACCGACACCCUUCAGAUGCUUCCUCCUCCACCGGGGAGUUUCAUUGAUCGUGAAGAACUCAUUCAACAUGUUGGGGAGUUUGCAUUAUCCCAAGGAUAUGUUGUCACUAUCAAACAGUCAAAGAAGGAUAAAGUGGUUGUACUUGGUUGUGACAGAGGAGGUGUUUACCGAAACCGACGUAAGCCUGUGGAUGAGUCUUCUGGUGAGCAAUCUAGGAAAAGGAAAACUCAUUCACGCCUUACAAAUUGUCCCUUCGAACUUGUGGGUAAGAAAGAAGAUGGCUUGUGGGUGCUAACUGUUAAAAAUGGUUCGCAUAAUCAUGAAGCCUUGAAGGACAUAUCUGAGCAUCCCUCUGCUCGCCGAUUUACAGAGAAAGAAGUUUUGUUAAUUAAAGAGAUGACAGAAGCUGGUCUGAAGCCACGCCAAAUUUUGAAGAGACUAAGGCAAAGUAAUCCUGAGCUCUCAACUACAUCAAAGCACGUCUACAAUGUCAAAGCCAAGCUCCGACAGGGAAAUGUUACAGUAAGGAGAUUAAAAACUUUGAGACCUCAACCAGGCGAGGGUGAUUCUCAUCCUUUAACAGCCACUGAACCAUCAUGGAGGAAGCGAUAUCCUCCAAGGGUGCCCAAUCUCAUUGGUGGCAGGUUUGUUGACUCUCAGUCAUCAAUAUCUAUUGACGUCAUGAAUCCUGCAACACAACAAGUUGUCUCACAAGUCCCUUUCACAACCAGUGAAGAAUUUAAGGCUGCUGUAUUUGCUGCAAAAAGAGCUUUUCCCAUGUGGCGGAACACACCUAUUACAACACGCCAACGGAUAAUGUUUAAGCUCCAAGAACUUAUUCGAAGGGAUGUGGAAAAGCUUGCCCUUGAUAUUACAACAGAGCAAGGAAAGACACUGAAGGAUGCAUAUAAUGAUGUGUAUCGUGGACUUGAGGUGGUGGAGCAUGCUUGUGGAAUGGCAACUCUGCAGAUGGGAGACUUCUCGUCUAAUAUAUCGAAUGGUAUUGAUUCUUAUUGUAUAAGAGAGCCUCUAGGCGUUUGUGCUGGGAUAUGUCCUCACAAUUUUCCAGCAAUGAUUCCAUUGUGGAUGUUUCCUAUAGCAGUUACGUGUGGCAAUACCUUCAUUCUGAAACCUUCAGAGAAAGCUCCAGGGGCUUGUAUGCGACUUGCCGAAUUAGCCAUGGAAGCUGGUUUACCUAAUGGUGUCCUGAAUAUAGUUCAUGGUACUCAUGAUAUGAUUAAUGCCAUAUGUGAUGAUGAAAAUAUAAAAGCAGUAUCUACUGUUGGUUCAGAUGCGGCUGGAAAGUAUAUCCACGAAAGAGCAUGUGGUAAACGUAUUCAAGCCAACAUUGGGGCCAAGAAUUUCACUGUUGUAAUGCCGGAUGCAAACGUGGAUGCCACACUGAAUGCAUUGGUUGCUGCUGGUUUUGGUGCUGCCGGACAAAGGUGUACAGCAAUUAGUACAGCGAUUUUUGUUGGAAGCACAGACUUAUGGGAAAACAAACUGGUGGAGCGAGCCAAGGCCCUUGAAGUGAAUGAGGGUACUGAACCAAGUGCUGAUAUUGGCCCAGUUAUUAGCAAGCUGGCUAAAGAGCGGAUAUCCAGCUUGAUACAAGCAGGAGUUGAUGCUGGUGCCAGACUUGCUUUAGACGGGAGACAAAUUGUGGUUUCAAAAUUUGAACUGGGCAACUUUAUUGGCCCCACAAUUUUAUUUGAUGUCAAAGAGGAUAUGGAACUCUACAAGGUGGAAAUAUUUGGUCCAGUUCUUCUCUGUAUGCAGGUUCCUAGCUUAGAAGAGGGGAUUAAUAUUAUUAAUCGAAAUAAAUAUGGUGUUGGGGCUUCUAUAUUCACAGCAUCUGGUGCUGCUGCAAGGAAAUUCCAGACGGACAUUGAGUCUGGGCAGGUUGGCAUAAAUGUCGCUGUUCCUGCUCCUCUGCCAUUUGUUUCAUUUGCUGGGUCAAAGGCAACUUUUGCAGGGGAUCUUAAUUUUUACGGCAAAGCGGGAGUUCACUUCUAUACUCAAAUUAAAACUGUCACUCAGCAGUGGAAGGAUUUUCUCACUACCAAUGAUGCAUCCCCCAUGCUUAAUUCUGUUGAUCUCCCAAGUUUAUCUCAAACAAUGCAGACUUUUGAUUUCCCUAGCAGUGAUAUAGUAUCUCUGGGGUUACAGUCGGGAGAUUACUCAAAUGUUGAUGGACCAGGGCAUUUCUCGAAUGUUAAUGGAGCAUCUCUGGCCUUAAAUGAGGUAGAUUUUUCUAGCAGUGAUGGAGAAUCGUUGCCGGAAGAACACUCCAAGGAUAUGGUCGGCGAUGGUGGUAUCUCCCCAUCAGUGCCAACGUCUCAUGGAGUAGAUUGGACUCUAAAUUUUUAG